AAAUCUUUGAUGCAAAUUUAAUUUUUUUUUUGUAUUUAUCAACAUGAUCAUGGUUUAUCACCAUCUUGGACAUUCCUUGAAAAGACUUCCAUUCAAUCGAUCUCUAAUCAUACCAUUAGUAUUCAUUAUUUUAUUGGUAUUGACCAUCAUCUAUUACGAAUCGAAACUCGCACAACUUCAAAGUUUAAACUUGAAUUUAAACUUUCAAAAUGUUCCGAGAUUAUCAUCAUCAAAUUUUGAUGAAUUUGACCAUGAUAAGAAUUUGGAUUGGAUGUUACCAAAAAAUUUAUUAGUCAUUUAUAAUCGUGUUCCCAAAACAGGUAGUACUAGCUUGAUGGGAAUUGUUUAUGAUCUCUGCGCUCAAAAUCAUUUUAAUGUAGGCCAUUUGAAUACGAGCAAAAAUAGCCAUGUAAUGUCAUUGUCGGAUCAAUUACGAUUCGUCUGGAAUAUUACCCGUUGGUAUGAAAGGCAGCCAUUAUUGAUUCAUGGACAUGUGGCUUUUAUAAAUUUCGAAAAAUUUGCCCUUAAUACACCAAAACCAUUGUAUAUAAACAUGAUUCGACGGCCAAUUGAUCGUCUCAUUUCAUACUAUUAUUUUCUCCGAUAUGGAGAUAAUUUUCGACCAAAUGUCGUUAGAAGGCGGCAAGGAAAUAGGCGAACAUUCGAUGAAUGUAUUGAGCGCAAUGAACAUGAUUGUCGUAUGGAAAAUCUUUGGCUUCAGAUACCUUUUUUUUGUGGACAAAAUCCUGAUUGCUGGAAACCAGGCAAUAAAUGGGCAUUAGAACAAGCAAAACGAAAUCUGGUUGAGCAUUAUUUUUUGGUUGGCGUUACCGAAGCGAUGCAUGAUUUUAUCCAGAUUUUAGAAAUAUCAUUACCACAAAUGUUUCGUGGUGCAACAUUUUUAUAUGAAAAUGGCAAUAAAUCACAUCUACGAAAAACUUUUAACAAAACUCAGCCAUCAUCACGGACGAUAGCAAAAAUUCAACAAUCACGUGUAUGGCAAAUGGAAAAUGAGUUUUAUCAUUUUGCCUUGUAUAAUUUCAACUCAAUUAAAGAACGAAUUAUGACCAACAUAAAGCCGGCCCAACAAUACAAUGAUAAACUAUACUAUCAAGAUGAACAACAAUUUUUCUUUGAAAAAAUUCGGCCCCGAUAAUUUUAAAUGUUUUUUUAAAAAUUGUUUUUGGUU